AGCUGACGCCAUUCUCGCACUGCGCAGGUCACUUUCUGUCAGGCUCAGAGUCGGCCAGCAGCUAGCUCAUUAACUCAAGCCGAGUCGCCCGGGCUUGUUUUGGUGGGCGGGCGGACGGGCGGGCGCUUCACGUUGAUGCUGGCGAAUGGUGGGAAGCGGACUGACGAGAAACUGAAAUAUCGUCCCCAAUGUACAGUUCGCGAGCGUGCCACGCACGGGAGGGAACAAUUAUAUGCUGAAACUCAAUGGCUACAUAAACUAAAAGUCUGCGUUGUUCUUAGCUAGUUUGGUAGCCUUUCCGCGGCGCCGGCGGCCGACCGGCCGACUUCCGCAAAUGGAGGCGUGAGUGCUUGCCUCAAUGUGGCGCUCGGUUGGACCUGCAGUCCCUUGAUUCUACGAGUUGGCUUCCUAUUUUUCUCUUUUUCUUUUCUUUUCUUUUUAUUUGAACCCGUCUUCUGGUCACCGGAGAGCAGAAUGGCAGCGGCGGCUCCCAACCCGGAGGACUCGCCCCGGAGUAGUGGCGGUGGUAGUAGUAGCAGCGUCUGCGGCACGCCGAGCUCCCUGGCCGCGGAUGGCGACGCGGAGGAGGCCGAGGACUUUGCGUCGUCCUCCCACUGCUCGGAGUUGUCGCGGCGGCAGAACGAGCAGCGCAAGCAAGGCUUGUUCUGCGACGUCACGCUCGCCUUCAGUAGCAGCAGCAUUAGCGGCGCGGCGGCCGGCGGCGUCCAGACGUGCGAGUUCGCGGCCCAUCGCUCGGUGUUGGCCGCCGCCACCUACUACUUCACGCCGCUGCUGAGCGGACAGUUCUCCGAGUCGGUGUCCGGCCGGGUGGAAAUGAAGGAGUGGAGCUCGGAGACGGGGCCCGACGCGGAGACGGUGGAGAGCGUCAUCCAGUACAUGUACACCGGGGAGAUUCGCGUCAGCACCUGCAACGUGCAUGAAGUCCUGGAGCUAGCUGACAGGUUCUUACUGGUGCAGCUGAAGGACUUCUGCGGAGAGUUCCUGAAGAAGAAGCUGAGCCUGACCAACUGCGUGGCCGUGCACAGCCUGGCGCACAUGUACACCUUGGACCAGCUGGCCCUGCGAGCGGCCGACAUGAUCCGCCGCAACUUCCACAAGGUGAUCCAGGACGAGGAGUUCUACACGCUGCCCUUCCACCUGGUGCGCAACUGGCUGUCGGACGACCAGAUUACGGUGGACUCGGAGGAGGUGCUCUUCGAAGCGGUGCUCAAGUGGGUGCAGAAGAUGCCCGAAGAGCGCGGCGGCUACUUUGAGGAGCUCUUCCAGCUGCUCAGACUGCCGCAGAUCAAGCCCACUUACCUGACACGGGUGGUCAAGAACGAGCGCAUGGUGGCGUCCAACGAGGCGUGCCUGCGCCUGCUGUCGGAGGCGCUGGAGGGUUACGCCCUCCGCUUUGAGAACGUCAACUUGGCCGACCUGGAGCUGUGGUCCUCCUUCGUGGCGUCCUUCCAGCCGCGCUUCGGCCAAAACAUGGACGUCAUCAUGGUGGUGGGCGGCGUGUCGGAGGGCGGCGACUACUUGAGCGAGUGCGUGGGCUACUUUGUCUACGAGGACCGCUGGGUCAACCUCCCGCACAUCCACAACCACCUGGACGGCCACGCCAUCGCCGCCACCGACUCGCACGUGUACGUGGCCGGCUCCAUGGAGCCGGGCUUCGCCAAGACGGUGGAGCGCUACAACCCCAACUACAACACCUGGGAGCAAGUGAGCAACCUGACCACCCGCAAGCACUCCUUCGGCCUGACCCGCAUCAAGGACAUCCUGUACAGCAUCGGCGGCCACGGCAACUUCAGCCCGGGCUUCAAGGACGUCAGCGUGUACGAGCCCGAGCAGGACAAGUGGCACAACCUGGAGUCGGCGCCCAAGAUCCUGCGCGACGUCAAGGCGGUGAGCGUGGAGGACCGCUACGUUUACGCGACGGCGCGCACGCCCGUCGACACGGACAAAGACGACGGGCUGAAGACGGUGACCACCCGCUACGACACCGACAGCCACCAGUGGCAGGACGUGGACUCGCUGCCGCUGGUGGACAACUACUGCGUCUUCCAGAUGGCCGUGGCCGCCACCAACUUCUACCACACGGCCUCCUGCUGCCCCAAGAGCUACGACAUGCGGGACGAGGCGGCCCGCCAGAAGAUCGGCGCCCGCGUCCCCGACGAGAUCCUGGAGAGCCUGCCGCCCGAGGUGACCAGCAUCGAGGGCGCCGCCAUCUGCCACUUUGACGACGACGUCUUCAUCAUCGGCGGCUGGAAGAACAGCGACGACGUGGACAAGCAGUACCGCAAGGAGGCGUACCGCUACUGCGCCGAGCGCAGGCGCUGGAUGCUGCUGCCGCCCAUGCCGCAACCGCGGUGCCGCGCCACCGCCUGCCACGUGCGCGUGCCCUACCGCUUCCUGUACGGCUGCCAGCGCUACCCCAUGCCGCAGAACCUGGCGCGCCAGCGGGACCGCAUGCAGCAGAUGCAGCAGCUGCACCGCCGCACGCUCACCCUGCGCCGGCAGCUGCAGUCGCAGAUCGAGUGCUGAACGGCCGGGCCGGGCCGGGCCAGGCGCUUCGGAUCGCUUCGGAUCGCUUCGGAUCGCUUCGGAUCGCUUCGGAUCGCUUCGUUUCUUUGAAAGGUCGGCAUCUGCAUUCCGGUGACAGCUUUUAUUCUUUAGCUAAGACUGGACGGGACGGGGGAAUGAAUAUUCAAUGCAUUCCAUUGUAGUGACCGAUUGGUGGCAAGUGUUGUAUCUACACGUUUGAUUUGUGGACUCAUUCCAACGACUACUUCUGACCAAGCGUCAGUAGCCAGUCUGGCACCUUUCCUUUGGUUACGUGACACCCAUUGCAAACCAUUGGCUUAGCCUUAGUUGAUCCAUAUGUGGAUGAGAGAAAGAGGUGCCACACGUGUGCUUAUGACCAGACAUAAAAAAGAAAAAAGUGUGGUCAGAUGAUUGACAGCUUAGAAUUUUUUGCAGUAAACUUCCAUUUAAUUUGGUGAAGCGAGCGUAAAACAACAUGUGGAAUUUGAGAUGGAUUCCUUUUGUUCUUUGUGUUGCCACAGCGUAAACGCCGAAACGGGUGCCGCUCUGGAAAUGUUCACCAAUGUUCUGUUGUCGUCAGCCACUUUUGGGCAAGCCGUGAAUCGUAUGGAUGGAUGCACUGAAUGUAUGUUAAUAAGUGCGGCGACAAUGAAAUCCUAUCCUGAUGAGAUGAUGUUUCGCUGUCUGUAUAUAAAUAACAAAGCUGUUUCUAUAUAUUUGACAUUCCUCCGUGGCUUGUUGGUUGGUGAUGGAGGCUGGGUUCUAUUUGUUAACACUGUGACAAUCUGUUUGUGUUUGUUCAUGUCAAAACUUUGAGUGCCAUCACCGCUUUUGUGCAGCCUCCACUAUAGCAGACGCACGAACGAGACAUUGUUUAAUUUCCUGUCUUAGACAAGCUUGGCAUUGUGGCCUGCAUUUCUAUUUCCUUCAAGAUGCAAUGAAGGCAUGCUACUUCUCUGACAAAUGUCUUACAAAGCCAGUCAUUCCUUUUGCGCCAAAAGAGUAUUUUUGUCCCCAUUCACAUGUUAAAGGGGUUUUGAGAGGUUGCUGCACUUUGAUUUUGCUUUCUAAAGUAUGGUUCCAGUUUCAAUAAAAUACAGCAAACAAG